AAUCACUCUUCUCAGUGUGAGAUUGAGAUUUUGAUAUAGAAGCAAGUCCCACAGAUGCUUCAACCUCAUCUACAACUUCAGACAAAACAUAUCCGGUUACAUACGGGUCCAUCUCUUUCAAAGCAAGAGAGAGAGUAAGAGGAGAUUAUGAUGUGUAGCGCAGAGAUGAGUUGAAGUGGUUUAUGAAAAAGAGGAAAGAUCACAAACCCUAGUUCCACCACAACGAUAAUUUAAUAAAAAUUGGAAUAAAACAAAAAUGGAAAAACAUAUGAAAACAAGGGAGGCUAGUUACUAAUGUAUUUAUUCUUUUCUAAACAUGUAAAUAAUGAAAGAUGAGGCUUUACAAAAAAAAAAAAUUAUGAAUAAUUUGGGUUUGUUAACCAAUCACGAGAAGCAUGAGCUUUUGCCAACGUGAUCUAAAUGGCUGAGAAUUUUGAUGUUCACGAGAAUCAAUGUAUCGGUCAACGUGAUCUCUUUGGCGCUGCAGCGUGCCAUUGGACUCAAAUGCUCAAUGGAGUUCGAAGUCGCGGACUGCACCACAAAAAUAUAUCCUGAUAAUUCUUUUGAUGUCAUUUACAGCCGUGACACUAUUCUGCACAUCCAAGACAAGCCAGCUCUAUUCUGGACAUUCUUCAAAUGGCUUAAACCAGGCGGUAAAGUUCUCAUCACCGACUAUUGCAGAAGUGUCGAUGCUCCGUCACCUGAAUUCGCAAAUUUGUACAAAUCCUCAGGCUUGAGUUAGAAAAAGUGAAGAAAGAAAAAGAAGAAUUCAUCAGCGACUUCUCAGAGGUUCUCACAGCUGACUUCACUGAGCAAAAAACCUCUUUGUUGAGUUUCUCAUAUCAAUCCAAUCAUCUUAUUACAGGAGGAUUACAAUGAAAGUGUAAGAUUAUGGACAGCGAACUGGUGAACAAAAAUGGGGAUUAUUCACGGCCAACAAAAAGUAGCAUCCAUGUUUUUAACCCC